GUUCUUUAUAUGGAAUUCCCUUUUGAUGGUUAUCGGUUGUGUCAAUACAGUCCAAAUGGUUCUUGGUUUCGGCUUUGACGUUAUGAGAGUGACCUCUGGACGAACCAGCUUAACUCAAUCAACUAGUGGAGAGAAGCGUAGCGCACUCAACGAAUAUUGGUAUAAUCGACGGAAAGGUUACCAAGAAAUGGUGGAUAAAUUCGAAUACGACGAAAACGCCCUAGCAACUAAUUAUGGCUCGUAUGAUAUGAAUACUCAAUAA